UAAAAAAAUACUAUUACAAGAAAAAUAUUUACAAAAAGUUUGUACCAAAACUAAGGUGGUAAGGCCUGAGCUGUUAUCUCCACGGGCUGGCCAAAACCGUGUAUAUAGCCCACAGGGCCACAGGCCCAGUCGAAACCUUCGCGCGGUGAUGGAGCACGCGCACGCGACCUCGACACGCACGCAGCAGCCAGCAGGUGACCGCCGUCACGCGACCGCUUCCCACACUCCCUUCCCCACCAGCCGAAACCGAGGCUGACGCUGCGCGAGCCAACCGGCGGUGAUGCAGGCGGCAGUCGGCCACCGCGGCGCCAACCUUGGCUCCCCGUCACUCUCGCGCUUCCGGUAUGGCUUCCGCCUCCCCGGCCGGUCCCGCCUCUUCUCUGAGGGCGUGGCGGCGGCGUCACUCCGCGUCGGCUCUCUGCCCCAGCCACGGACCCAUGGCAGCGGCGGUUUCGCGCACCUCGGGGCCAUGGGUGGGGAGGCGCCGAGGCUGCCGCACGCCCUCAGGAGAAUGCUUAUCGAUCAUCAGAAAAUGGCAUGUCCCAACCUUCUGAAAGCUGCUGUACUUUCAACCAUGACAUUGCUUUCUGUACCUCUUGAGGCGUCAGCGGAGAUGUGCCAGCCACCUAGUUCUUUCGCCAAUAUGCCAAUUUUUAUUGUUGUAGCACUAAUAGGAGCUGCUGUUGGCGGAUUAUUAGCACGCCAAAGAAAGGCGGAAUUGAAGCGGCUCAAUAAUCAACUUCGCCAGAUCAAUGCAGCACUUAGAAGGCAGGCACAGAUUGAGUCAUUUGCGCCUGGCCUUACUUAUGCGCCAGUUGGGAGAACAAAUGAAACUGAUGUUAUUGUUGACCCAAGGAAGCAGCAGUUGGUCACAAACCUGAGAAAUGGGAAGAAUUACAUGAGGAAUCAAGAUCUUGAUAAGGCUAUAGUGGAGUUCAGAACAGCUCUGGAGCUUGCAGAGAGCAUAGGUGAUCGUUUUGAAGAAAAGAAAGCUGCCCGAGGACUAGAGGCUCGGGAAGUACCGAGAAGCAAUGAGACAGUACAGCAAGGUUCUGGAGCUGUCCAAGGAGACAGGUGAAGAUUCCGGCUGCACCGAGGCCUACGGUGCCAUAGCGGACUGCUACACCGAGCUGGGCGACCUGGAGCGAGCGGCGAAGGUGUAUGACAAGUACAUAUCGAGGCUGCAGCCCGGCGAGUAAGGUAGAUUUCUUUACAGACGAGACAGCGAGUUCCUUCCCGUUCGUUGAGUUUUGCGUUUUGUCGGUCUUGUUAAACUCACUGCAGGUAUUGGAUUGUUUUGAGAACGAUUUUAAUAUUCGUAUAUAAAUAACUAUUGAUUUAAUCAAAAAAAUAAAAAUAAAUCA